UGGAAAUUUCUAGAACUUCGCAUAAAUGCUAUAAAGCUUAGCGGCCGGAAAUAUCUCCCACAUUUUGCAAUUUCCUUCGCUUUGGUUAGUAUCGAGGUUGUGUCGAACAACCUAGUGCUUUUAGUGAUAAUUCCAUAAGACUGUACAAAACAAAAUGGCGAAAGCACCCGCAGUAGGUAUCGAUUUGGGAACCACUUACUCCUGUGUCGGCGUUUUCCAACAUGGAAAAGUUGAAAUCAUCGCCAACGACCAGGGUAACAGGACCACACCUUCCUAUGUGGCCUUCACUGAUACCGAGCGUCUCAUCGGAGAUGCCGCCAAAAAUCAAGUUGCGAUGAACCCCAAUAACACAAUUUUUGAUGCCAAACGUCUUAUUGGGCGUCGCUUUGAUGACAGCGCUAUACAAUCCGACAUGAAGCACUGGCCCUUCGAAGUUUUGAACGAGGGCGGCAAGCCAAAGAUAAAGGUUGAAUACAAGGGUGAACAAAAGACCUUCUACCCGGAAGAAAUCAGUUCCAUGGUCUUAACUAAAAUGAAGGAAACUGCAGAAGCGUACCUUGGCAAGGCCGUCACCAAUGCAGUCAUCACCGUACCUGCCUAUUUCAAUGAUUCGCAGCGUCAGGCCACCAAAGACGCCGGUACCAUCUCUGGUCUGCAGGUGUUGCGUAUCAUCAACGAACCAACUGCCGCCGCCAUCGCUUAUGGUCUGGAUAAAAAGGGCCAGGGAGAACGUAACGUUCUCAUCUUCGAUUUGGGUGGUGGUACUUUUGAUGUGUCCAUCUUGACCAUCGAAGAUGGUAUCUUUGAAGUAAAGUCCACCGCUGGUGACACUCACUUGGGUGGUGAAGAUUUCGACAACAGAAUGGUCAACCACUUUGUCCAGGAAUUCAAGAGGAAGUACAAAAAGGAUCUCACCUCGAACAAGCGUGCCCUCAGACGUCUGAGGACAUCUUGCGAAAGAGCGAAGAGAACUCUCUCAUCAUCCACCCAAGCCAGCAUUGAAAUCGACUCUCUGUUCGAGGGUAUUGAUUUCUACACUAGCAUCACCAGGGCCAGAUUCGAAGAGUUGAACGCCGAUCUGUUCCGUUCUACCAUGGAACCUGUCGAGAAGUCGAUCCGUGACGCUAAGAUGGACAAAGCCCAAGUUCACGACAUCGUCUUGGUCGGUGGUUCCACCCGUAUCCCCAAAGUACAAAAACUCUUGCAAGACUUCUUCAACGGCAAGGAACUUAACAAGUCCAUCAACCCCGACGAAGCUGUAGCCUACGGUGCUGCUGUUCAGGCCGCUAUCUUGGCCGGUGACAAGUCUGAGGAAGUUCAAGACUUGCUCUUGUUGGACGUUACCCCAUUGUCUCUCGGUAUCGAAACUGCCGGAGGUGUAAUGACUGCCCUCAUCAAACGUAACACAACCAUUCCAACUAAACAAACUCAAACCUUCACCACCUAUUCCGACAACCAACCUGGUGUAUUGAUCCAGGUUUAUGAAGGUGAGCGUGCUAUGACCAAGGAUAACAACUUGCUUGGCAAAUUCGAACUUACCGGAAUUCCUCCUGCGCCUAGAGGUGUUCCCCAAAUCGAGGUAACCUUUGACAUUGAUGCCAACGGUAUCUUGAACGUAACCGCCAUCGAGAAGUCGACCAACAAGGAAAAUAAGAUCACCAUCACCAACGACAAAGGUCGUCUCAGCAAAGAAGACAUUGAACGUAUGGUCAACGAUGCCGAGAAAUAUCGUCACGAGGACGAGAAACAGAAGAGCACAAUCGCUGCCAAGAAUGCCCUCGAAUCCUAUUGCUUCAACAUCAAGAGCACCAUGGAAGAUGAUAAAGUUAAGGACAAGAUCAGCGAGAGCGACAAGACCACCGUCAUGGAGAAGUGCAACGAGGUCAUCGCCUGGUUGGACGCUAACCAACUCGCUGAAAAAGAAGAAUACGAGCACAAACAAAAGGAAUUGGAGAAUAUCUGCAACCCAAUCAUCACCAAAUUGUACCAAGGUGCUGGCGGCGCUGCUCCCGGCGGUAUGCCAGGCGGUUUCCCAGGCGCCGGCGGCGCUGCCCCUGGUGCCGGAGCCGGAGGCGCUGGACCAACCAUCGAAGAAGUCGACUAAACUAUUCCAUUGCCACAAGUAUUACGCUAUAUUUAAACUAUUUAUUUGUAUCACAAUUUGUUGAAUAAAGUUGAUGCUGCAAGUAAUUUUA